AUGAUACGCGGAGAUUACAACUUGCAGAUGACAAUACUGAGUUGCCAUCAUGCAAAGAAGAUGGCAAUUGAUAUCCUCGACGGAAGAGAUGGUUCACAAUAUUGUCACACUCGAGAGUAUUGCAGUGCAUUGCGGAAGUGGAAUCCCGGUAGCUCAGCUUACAUCCAAAGGGACGGAGUGUUCUUCCAGAGGAUGUAUGUUUCUUUGGCGGCAUGUAAAGAAGGAUUCUUGGCAAGAUGUAGGCCGAUGAUAUGUGUUGAUGCUUGUUUCAUUAAGAUCAAAUGGGGUGGGCAAUUGCAUGCCGCCAUCGGCCGUGACGGUAAUGAUGACAUAUAUCCUAUUGCAUAUGUGGUAUGCGAGACCGAGAACAAGGAUACAUGGACAUGGUUCUUGGUCCAACUGUUGGAGGAUAUUGGUUAUACGCAGGAGCAUAUGUGGUCGUUCAUGUCAGACCGACAAAAGCUAAUCAAUGCUCUGGAGGACCUAAUGCCCAGUCUCGAGCAUCGUUAUUGUGUUAGGCACUUGCAUGCAAACAUGAAGGGGAAGGGAUUGAAGGGGAAUGAGUUCAAGGACGGGUUAUGGGGUGCAGCUAGGGCACCCAAUGAAGUCCAAUUUAAGUACUACAUCUUUGUCAUUGGAGGUAUGGACAAAAAAGCUCUCGAGUACAUUGAGGGGCUUGACCCAAAAAUGUGGUCAAGGCACGCAUUCCGAACCACCAACUGCAAUGACAUCUUGCUGAAUAACAUCGCCGAGAGCUUCAAUGCUUGGGUAUUGGAAGCAAGAGGCCAGCUGAUACUAACUUGUUUCGAGACUAUACGGCAGCAAAUUAUGAACCGGUUCAGUCAGAAAAAUGCUGGGGCGGCAACAACACCGAAUGUAAUUUGUCUGAAGAUUGUGAAGAAGUUGGAGAGGAACAAGUUAGAGGCGAAAAACUAUAUUUGCUGCUGGAGCAAUCAGAUGCAGUUUGAGGUCGAUAGUGCCUAUGAGGCUCGGCGGGUGGUGGAUCUUCAACAAAAAACGUGUGGAUGUGGGAGGCGGCAAGUUAAUGGGAUUCUUUGUCCACAUGCAGUUUGUGCGAUAUACCUCAAUAAAGGAAAAUCCAAGACUUAUGUCAGCCAUUGGUACAUGAUGGAUACAUACAGAAAGUCCUAUGCCUCCGGAGUUAAUCCUAUGCCUGGCCCGGAUGAGUGGCCUGUUGAUGAGGGUGUAGAACCUAUAGAACCACCGCAGCCAAGGAAACAGUGCGGGAGGCCCAAAAAACAGAGGCAAAGAGGAGUUGAUGAGCAGCCAGACGAGAGCAUUAAAGUGAGUCACAGGGGCUACGAUGUGCGGUGUGGAAAUUGUGGUGAAAAUGGGCACCAUGCUAGGAGUUGCCGCAAACCCGACAACCCGUAUAGGAAGAAGUAUCCCAAACAGCCUAAGAAACCGAAGGGAAGCACAUCCGAUGCAGGGCCAUCAGAUGUAGGCCCAUCAAGGGCAGCGCCAUCAGGUGCAGGCACACCAGAUGCGGGCGCAAGCCCAUCUGCCCUUGCAAGUCCAUCAGGUGCAGGCCCAUCUACCCCUGGUGGUCCAUCAGGUGCAGGCCCAUCUGCCCCUGCAGAUCCACCAGGUGCAGGCCCAUCUGUCCCUGCAUAUCCACCAGGUCAACUGGCAAGGACACGUCGAAGACAAAGAAUACCUCAAGGAACAAGCAUACGUUGA